CUUAUAAACGAUAAAUCAUAUCACGUUGUACCCACUGAUAACAAAACUGUUAUAAUGACAAGAGAAUGACCAUUUAAUACUGAACCCUAUUCUCAACAACAAUUCGUUCGUCGUGUAGGUACAUGUAAAUGUUUACCGCAUUCAUUGAUAUGAGUUUUAACUAAAAACACGAUAUGUUUGUUUAAAGUUACUUAUUUUAAUUAAAAACACGAUAUUUGUGUUAAAUUUAUACCCGAUUAUAUUUUAUAGUUAGAGGAAAAUGCGAAAUUUAUUUAACGGUAUUAUUAUUUAUUUAAAUGUAAGGAAGUAUUUUUGUUAAUAUUAUUCUUAUUUGUUUGUGGCGGGAUUAUUUAAUAAUCAGCAAUAUUGUGCAGUGUGUAGUAUAAAUACACUAUGUAGUCAUAUUUAAGUGCGAUUCAAGUGUAUUUAGGUAUUUAGUCAAAGGAUAAAAUAUCAAAAUGUUUGCAUUUAAAGUCGUAAAUAGUACAUGGACAGUUGUGGAGUUCAGUAUUAUUGUUGUUGUCAUGUGAAGCAGGACUUAAUACAAUUCUAAUGUGACUGUGUAAGUGACGGUAUUUUUGCGCGAAAAAUUUACAGGACAAAUUGUUUUUACUUGAAAUUAACCAAAAUGGCUAAAGAAUCAGUAUUGUCUGUGGUAUUAGUAUUAUUUAUUCAUCUUUCUACAUCAAGUCAUGUGUUCCAUGAGAAGACCAGUAUAACAUUCCGACCAGAAUACGACGCCGAAUAUUUUGGUUAUUCCAUCAUUUUAAGUCCAGACGGUCUACUAGUUGGUGCUCCUAAAGCUAAAGAACUCAAAGAGUCCUCCACGGGAAUCAAAACAGGAAUGGUAUUUAAUUGUUCACUAGUCAACUUGGAUGUGAAGCUUGGGUCUUGUACUGCUGUAAAGCGAUCUGGAAGAUCAGGUAACGAUAACAUGCUCAAUAGGUUGUUGCCUGGUUUCCUUCGAGAUGAUAUGUGGUAUGGAGCAUCUAUGGUGCUGCUACCUGGAGGACGACUUUUGGUUAAUGCCCCAAGAUGGACAUCCCCUUAUGGGACGAAACAUUUAUUGAUGAAUGGUGUAAGUUUACUGCAGACAAGGAGAGGAAACCGACCCUUACAUUGUUUAAAAGAUUAUAAUCAUCAAGCUUACGUCACUCAUGGAAGUAGACGAGAGUAUGGAGCAUAUGGUACCCACCUGAAUUUCUACGCAUAUGGUCAAGCUGGAAUAUCAGCAGCUAUUAGCAAGAUGAACACAGUUAUACUUGGAGCACCUGGUCUUCUACAGUGGACUGGUGGCGUCAUAAGUCUAUCGUUUUUUCCAAAUGAUACUGGCACCUACACGAACAAGUUGCCUACAAUGAAUCCUUACUUCACCAUGGACUUGGGACCUGAUGAAUAUUUUGGUUACAGCGUUGACUCUGGAAUAUUCGACGGUAGAGGUGAGGUGAUGUAUGUGGCUGGAGCUCCUCGAUAUAACAUUGCUAGUGGUCAGGUAAUCAUAUUCGUUCCACCAACAGAAGAGCUUGUGAGUUUAACCAUUAAGGCCAAAAUAAGGGGUCCACAAACCGGCUCGUACUUCGGAGCCAGUGUCUGCUGCACAGAUCUAAAUGGAGAUGGGUUUGAUGACCUACUGGUUGGAGCACCUACGUAUGUGAAGGAUGAUGGCGGUCUACCUUAUGAUCAAGGAGCUGUUUUUGUGUAUUUGUCUAAAGAAAAGGAUUUUAGUUUCAUUUUAGUAGAAAGUGGUAUUGUGACUGGAUCUGGCACUAAUGGAGCAUGGUUUGGACUGACUAUAGCUGAUCUUGGAGACAUUGAUGGCAAUGGAUUUAAAGACGUAGCUAUAGGAGCACCAUGGGAAGACGAUGGCAUCGGAGCGGUUUAUAUUUAUAGAGGAUGUUCCAAAGGGCUUAGUACAGAUAACGUACAACGUAUUCAGACAAAGACUGCUAGAGGUUUUGGAUGGUCAAUAGCUAAAGGCGUUGAUAUAGACCAGAAUAAUUGUAGCGAUCUAGCCAUUGGCGCUCACAACAGUCAAACGGCAUACGUCUACCGAGGUAUUCCUACAAUCAAAGUUCACGCAUCAAUCAAGGUUCCUAAUGCAAUAAACCUGCCAUACAAUACUACAAGUUUCCAAGCAGAAUUCUGUGUGUCAUCUCCGCCUAUGGAACUUUGGCCUCACGUAGAACUUAAUAUUAUUGCGAAUAUUGAAGCUGAUCCUGAAUCCAACAGAGCCAUGAUAUCUGGAGAUUCUAAAUAUAACGUCCGUGUAACACCAGGUAUUGAAACUUGCGACGUUCAAGAAAUUGAAGUAAAUCCAACUGCUGAUUUAUCGAAGCCAAUCAAAUUGGUGUUCCAACUAGAACCUGAUGAAUUGAUGAAAGACAAUUCGAGUACAUUUUUGAUGAAUGCUGCACGAUUAUCUGAAGAGUCGACUUUGAAGACUUCGUUUCUUAUUCAACUGAUGAGGGACUGUGGUGAAGACCUGAUUUGUACUCCUUGGCUGGAUUUGACCUUGGAACCUUUGAAUAAUCCCUAUGUGCCAGGAAGUAACGGAACUCUAGGGGCAAGAAUAACAAUAGUGAACGAAGAAGAACCAGCAUACGCUGCUAAAGUGAACAUUUCCCUACCAAUAUCACCUAAAAGAAUACCUAGCGAAUGUUCCUUAGAAUUUCCGCGAAUGACCUGUGAUGUUCCUUCACCUUUGCUCAGGGGUGAAAAGAUUGUUUGGGAUAUUGAACUAGACUAUGAAAUGAAUCAUGAUGCGAAUGAUACGAGAGACACUUUAUUUGGCAUUAGAGUUGAAUUAACUGAUCCACUGUAUAGACAUGUCACUGAUGAUAAUGUAACUGAUUUGUUUAUCAGUGUUGCACAUGAAGCUAAGUUCAGUGUUAGUGGAAAACCAAUGCCAAAUGCCACGCUAUCGAUUCCAAGAGAUAGUUUAGCAGCUGGAACAAACUAUACAUUUAAACAUUACUUUGAGAUUACAAAUCUUGGUCCAUCUGAUACGUCUGCUUUAGAAGUUUAUAUUACAAUACCAGAUAAAACAACCUUUUCAACCAACAUCAGUGGUUGUGUACCAACUGAGACGCCUAAUCAAUGGAUGUGUUUCUGGUCCGUACCAGCCAAAGUAACCCAACCAGUUUAUGUUCCUCUGCAAAUGGAUCUUAGUAAAGAAGGAAAUUAUCUACUAGAGAAUACUACUUAUAACGCUACUACUAAAGUUACUGUUCUCUUCAAAAAGAAAGCUACCAAUUAUGAGGUGACAACCCGAUUGAUUCUGGAGCCUGAAAGUAUAACUUGGAAAUUAAUAUUGAUUUGUGUUCUGCUCGGCCUGUUAGUGCUUGCCGUGAUAGUGACAAUACUGUACAAACGAGGAUUCUUCCAGAGAACAACUCGUAGAAUGCUACAAGAACAGAAGAACAAUCAGAGAUUGCUGCAAGAGAGUGACUCUUCAUCAGGACAGAUGGAAGAACAUGAUGUACCGUUAGAUGAUUCUGAUGAAGAAUUAUAGCAUUAAAAGGCUUUUACUUUUUAGAGAUAGGUAAUAUUAAAUAUAGAGAGAGAAAGAGGGAGAAAUAGGAAGAGAGAAAAGUGAAUGAGAAUAAGAGAAUGUGAGAUUGACAGAGAGAGUUGGGGCUUAGAAAGUUGACUGAUAGACUGAUAUUUGUAAUAAAAUUUUUGGAAAAAUAUGUAAAGUAAAAUAAAUAAAUAAACAAAAUAGUCGUGGUGUGGGUUCGAAACCUAUUAACGGCAAGUACCUUUCUCUUAUAAUACUCGAACUUAUAAUUUCUAAUUAUAAGUUUGAAAUCGCUAACUCGCAUUGAGCAAGCGUGGUUUAAUAAUACUCAAACCGUCUCCGUGUGAGAAGAGGUUUUGCCCAGCAGUUUGCAUUUAUAGGCAAAAAUAAGUAAAUUUUGUUUCAUUAAUGAAAUUGCGAAAAUAAAUAUGUUCACAAGAAGGGAAAGAGAAAAAUAUGAGGUCAUAAAAAAGGUAUAAGAUAUGUCAGAUCAUAAAUGAGCGAUUAAGAUACCAAAGAGAUUACUAUUACAAUAUUAAAAUUUAAGUAUAAUUUUCUAGUGUUAAUGAUAUUUUUUCUACGAUAUGUGAAAAUCAAUUAUAUUAUUAUUUUUAAAAACUAAUAAUUAUUUACUUUCCCUUUGGAUCUCAUAACUCAAAAUUAAACUGUGCCAGUUAGAUUGCCUAUUUUGUAAUAGAGAAGGCAACGUGUAAACAAAAUGACAGUCAGCACAUUUAAAUAAAAAUCGCGGGAUACUCACGUGAAUAUAC